GUUUUUCUUCUUACCCUUGGUUUAGCCGACAAGGUUCACGCCCGCCUGCAACCUGCUGACACGCUAGUCUGUUAACCCCGGGUCUCCGGCCAAUGUCCGACAAACACCCCGCAGUAGCAGCAUAAACAUAUGGUCCUGACCCACGGUUGAGUAUCCAUUGCAGACCUAUCAGAGAAGUUGCUACACGAAACGAAAGGUUUCAUUUGAUCAACUUGAGGAUGCUUAGCUCCCGGCCACGCCGGCAUACCGGUACGUGACAUCAGUGGCACAGCUAGGCAAAGAGACGUAUAUAUGCGACGACGCGAAGCUGCUACACUGUCACUUCCUGUCAUCAGCUUCCAGUAUACCCAAUACCCUGCAAAAUCAGCCAACAUGUCUCCAUCAUUCAACAAGGACUCUCUUCUCUUUCGCCAUCGUCAACUGGCGCCCAAUGCCUCAGUACGAGUCUCUCCCAUCUGCCUCGGGUCCAUGACCUUUGGCGAAUCGCACGCAGACCGAUACGGCGAGUGCAGCAAAGACGAAGCAUUUGCCAUCCUAGACCACUUCUACAGCGAGGGCGGAAACUUCAUCGACACAGCAAACAUGUACCGCGACGGAGAAUCCGAGCAAUGGCUGGGAGAAUGGAUGUCGAGCCGCAAGAACCGCGACGACAUUGUCCUGGCGACAAAGUACACCAGCGGAUAUAUGAGCCAUAAGCCAGAACACCUCCAGUCAAACUACAUCGGCAACGGGUCCAAGAGCAUGAAGCUCUCGCUUGAGAACUCGCUCAAGAACCUCCAAACUACCUACAUCGACCUCUUCUACGUGCACUGGUGGGACUCGACAACGACUAUCCCAGAGCUCAUGCACAGCCUGAACGACCUCGUCGUCGCGGGCAAGGUCCUGUAUCUCGGCAUCUCCGACACCCCCGCCUGGGUCGUAUCGAUGGCGAACGAGUACGCGCGGAACAACGGCCUGCGCCCCUUCUCCGUGUACCAAGGCAUGUGGAACGCCGGGAUGCGCGACUUCGAGCGCGACAUCAUCCCCAUGGCGCGUCAGCAAGGCAUGGCUCUCUGCCCGUACGGCGUCCUCGGCCAGGGCCGCUUCCAGACCGAAGAGGCCUUCAAGGAGCGCGAGAAGGGCCACUCAGGCCGCAAGCACAUCCCGCUCGGCGACCACGACAGACACGUAUCCAAGAUCCUCGAGGACAUCGCCAAGGCCAAGGGCUGCGAGCUGCUGCAAGUCGCCUUCGCGUAUGUGCAGCAGAAGGUCCCGUAUGUGUUCCCGCUCGUCGGACAGCGCAAGGUGUCGCACCUCAAGGGCAGUAUUGGCGCGCUGUCUGUGUCGCUGACAGAGGAGGAGAUCGAGAAGGUGGAGAGCGCGUAUAAAUUCGAUCAUGGGUUUCCUCAUACUUUCCUUAGCGGGACGCUGUUUGACCCGGAUGCGAAGCCGAAGCAGGUUGAUGGCCCCGGGGAUGUGGCGUUGACUAAGGGCCAGUCUGGCAUGACGUAUGAUUGGCAGGAGGAUGGGAAGGCGAUUCGCCCGCCGCAGUAGAGUGGGUGGUGUAGAUAGUGAAUAAUAUACCGUGUU